AUGGAUCUAGACUUCAAUAACGAUUUGGAAAAGCGCAUUUCGGAUGCGUUUUGCGUCUUCGAUCAUCAUGGCGACAAGUUAAUCGAUGUGCGUGAAGUGGGCACCGUGUUGCGUCUCUUGGGCUGUGUGCCCACCGAACAGGAGGUGAAUGAGGUGAUUUCAGCCACAGAGACCGAGGAGACAAGUGGCGUGGUGCAUUUAACCAAGUUUCUGCCACACGUCUCGCAGUUGCUAAUGGAACGCAAAAUGGAACCAGCUGCUCCUGAAAAAAUUCUUGAAGCAUUCAAAAUAUUGGACUUUGAAAACAAAGGAUAUCUAACUAAAGAUAGCUUUGGCAAGCUGAUGAUGGAAGAGGGUGAGCCGUUUACUCAAGAAGAAAUGGAUGAAAUGUGGCCAGUUGCCAUUGAUCCGAUUAGUGGGCAUAUUCCAUACGAACUGUACUUGAAUCAAUUGAUGGUGUAUCUAUAAAUUUGAAGCUUAACACCAUGAAAUUCAGGUCCCAAUAAUAAAUAAAAUAUUGCAAUGAACUACUAAAG